AUGAUGUCGGCCUGGCCGUACAUGGCCGGUCUGGCUGUCAUCCUGCUCGUCGUCCGUCUCAUGCGACCCAGACAGAACAAAAUUCCUAUAGUUGGCGAUGGCAAAGACUCCAACUUCCUAGCAGCAUUGAAAGAAGGCUCACAAAAGUACCCCGAAUCAUGUUUCCAGAUCCCUACUAGUGAUAUCCCGACGGUCAUUGUGCCGCGCAAAUGUCUUUCUGCAAUUGCCUAUGCCCCUGAAAAUAAGUUAAGUCUAGGCCGGGAGGUAUAUGAGCGAUUGAUGGGCCGAUACACCAAGAUGGUCAAGAGUGACCACUUGGCCGAAUUUGUACGGGGCGGGUUAGCAAAACAACUUGGACAAAAUGUCUCUAUACUCCAAGAAGACGCAGAAUGGACCGUUUCCUCACAAAUAGAAUGGAAAUCAUUGCCACUAUUUCCAACAAUGGUCAAACUAGUUCCAUUGCAUAUUGGCCGUACCUUCAUCGGUCCGCCACUUUCUCGAGACCAGGAAUGGAUUGACCUGACGCUUGAUUACGCCAUCUCAACCGUAACUAUUGCAGCUAAAAUGUCGAGCACCCAUUGGAGCUUACGGCCGUUCAAAGCGCUUUCCCUUCCUGAAAUCGGAAAGAUGAGUCGGCAAUUCAAACAGGCCAGUAAACUAUUGGCACCGAUACUAGAAGCUCGACUUCAGGAUGACGAAGCUCCCGACGACCUGAUGCAAUGGAUCAUCAAAAAUUAUCCUGCCCAAAAGAAUGACCUGCUUAUUCACUUCUUUUUCGAUCUCCUGGCUCAUCCAGAAUAUAUUGAGCCUUUGCGAGCUGAAAUUCAGACGGUGUUUGAUUCUUGCGGCGGCAAUUGGACUCAAACAGCCCUGUCAGACCUCCGCAAAUGCGAUAGCUUCCUCAAAGAAUCCCAAAGAUUGAAUCCUAUUGGUAUUGUAAGCGUAAGCCGCUUCGCUCUAUCGUCGUUCCAACUACCAGAUGGUACUACUGUACCAGCAGGCACCUCCGUCUCUGCCCCGUCCAUGACGGUCAACACAGAUCCGUCAAUCUGGGCUGAUCCGGCGCUCUUUGAUGGAUAUCGGUUUGAAAGAUUGCGCCAAAUUAAGGGGAGUGAGCAGAAAUAUCAGUUCUCAUCAAUUAGUUCCACAGAGUUGAAUUGGGGAUACGGCACUCAUUCAUGCCCUGGUCGUCAUUUUGCGAGCAAUCAGGUCAAGAUUCUGAUUGCUGCCUUGCUCAUGAAGUAUGACUUCCGCUUUGACCAGGACAAGUCGGAGAGCGACACGCCAAAGAGGCCUCCUAACGUGUUGGACGGAGUUCGUAUCAUGCCAAACCCUCAAGCUAAAGUUAUGAUCCGGUCUCGUCGCUUAGAUUCGUAA